AGGUCCCCAGCCCUGCCCCCGGCCCUGUGCUUAUAAUCCGGGAUGCGCGCUUCUCCCGGCCCUGCUCCGCCGCCUGCCACCGCUGCUUGGGUCCCGAGUGAUUCAGUCUUCGAAAACAGAUUUUGGACACCAGGAACCCCUACCUCCAGUCCCAGACAAGAUGUCGGGCAAAGGCUCCGUGGUCCUGGCCUACAGUGGUGGCCUGGACACCUCCUGCAUCCUCGUGUGGCUGAAGGAGCAAGGCUACGAUGUCAUCGCCUACCUGGCCAACAUCGGUCAGAAGGAAGACUUUGAGGAGGCCAGGAAGAAGGCGCUGAAGCUGGGGGCCAAGAAGGUGUUCAUUGAGGACGUCAGCAGAGAGUUCGUGGAGGAGUUCAUCUGGCCUGCCGUGCAGUCCAGUGCUCUGUAUGAGGACCGCUACCUCCUGGGCACGUCACUGGCCCGACCCUGCAUAGCCCGCAAGCAAGUGGAGAUUGCCCAGCGGGAGGGAGCCAAGUAUGUGUCCCACGGGGCCACAGGCAAGGGCAAUGACCAGGUCCGCUUUGAGCUCACCUGCUAUUCGCUGGCGCCCCAGAUUAAGGUCAUUGCUCCCUGGAGGAUGCCCGAGUUCUACAACCGAUUCAAGGGCCGCAGUGACCUGAUGGACUACGCCAAGCAACACGGAAUCCCCAUCCCGGUCACCCCCAAGAACCCGUGGAGCAUGGACGAGAACCUCAUGCACAUCAGCUACGAGGCCGGAAUCCUGGAGAACCCCAAGAACCAAGCGCCUCCGGGACUCUACACAAAGACCCAGGACCCAGCCAAAACCCCCAAUAGCCCUGACAUCCUUGAGAUAGAAUUCAAAAAAGGGGUCCCUGUGAAGGUGACCAAUGCCCAGGAUGGCACCACCCACCAGACCUCCUUGGAGCUCUUCAUGUACCUGAAUGACGUCGCAGGCAAGCAUGGCGUGGGCCGCAUUGACAUUGUGGAGAACCGCUUCAUUGGGAUGAAGUCCCGAGGUAUCUACGAGACCCCAGCAGGGACCAUCCUCUACCAGGCUCAUUUAGACAUCGAGGCCUUCACCAUGGAUCGGGAGGUGCGCAAAAUCAAACAGGGCCUGGGCCUGAAAUUCGCGGAGCUGGUGUACACUGGUUUCUGGCACAGCCCGGAGUGUGAGUUUGUCCGCCAUUGCAUCGCCAAGUCGCAGGAGCGGGUGGAAGGGAAAGUGCAGGUGUCCGUCUUCAAGGGCCAGGUGUACAUCCUCGGCCGGGAGUCCCCGCUGUCUCUCUACAACGAGGAGCUGGUGAGCAUGAACGUGCAGGGUGAUUAUGAGCCUCUGGAUGCCACCGGCUUCAUCAACAUCAACUCCCUCAGGCUGAAGGAAUAUCAUCGGCUCCAGAGCAAGGUCACCGCCAAGUAGAGCCAGAUAGGCCUGCUGGCCCGAGGAGCCCGCCUCACUCCGCCUUCCCAAGUACCCGCCCUGAUUGUUGUGAUCAUUUGUAAUUGUGACUUGUUCUCCCCGCCUGGCAGCCUCGUUGGGUUGCCCUGGGCCCCACUUUGUUCCCUGGUCCCCUGUAGCCUGAGAAAGUGGUCAUCAAGAAGGGGGGCUGUAAAAUGACAAUUAAAAAAAAGAUACAUUA